AUGGAGAAUUCUGGGGGAUUGGCGGGUCUGCGAGGUCUUCAUCAAGAUCUUCUUGCCUUGGAAGCAUCCCGGCUGCGCAACGUCGAACGGCUUUGGGCUGAUCUUGAGGCGCGUGUCAAUGAAUUCAGGCAACUUCUUGACAAGCCGGCAAAGAAUGAGGCAAGCCGCAAAGCGCUGUCGUCAGGGCCAGUUACCGUCGAUGAGGUUGAAUAUGACAUGAACCAAAAAUUCCAGGAAACCGCUGCACAACUUGCCGAUACACUCGAUCUAGACGAGCUUGAAUCAGCACGGCUCUUGAUUGAGUCCGGGCAAGAUGCAAAAAGGCUUGAUAGGUCGCAAGGUGCAUCUGCAAUAAUACACUUCCACGAGCGCCGACUUUUCCUUCUCGAAUGCAUGCGCCUUCUGCUUAGACAAUCACACGAUCUAGAAGGUACAGAAAGUGUGCGAGACAUAGCGCGUCAACUGGUCGGGUUGAUCCUUGAGACCAAGGACGGCCCGGCUAGGAAUGGCUCCCUAUACACGCAAAGAUGUUUCAAUGCAAUGGCUGGGAUUGAGAAAUGGCUCCAGUCCUUGGGGGAGCGUCAUCAAGGAAAUAUAGCCCUGGGACAAACGGCAAGGACCGAGUACACGGAGAUUCUAGAGUACCAGCAGUCAAGCCUUGCAGAGCAACACGAAUCGUUAGGGGCAAUUGUCACCUACCUAAUCAAAGCAGGUCAUACUGGUGUUGAGGAUUUUCACAAACUCCUAGAUUAUCUUCCACUUUUGGACAGAUGGAACAGUAUAGCCGUUCAUUAUGUACCGAUGAUAACAGCGUUCACAUCCCAGUUUGGGUCACCGGAUGGAGGCGGGGUGUUGCGGGACGCGAGAAUGCUUAAUAGCAAGAUAUUGGACAAUAAAGACAAGGCACCGUGGAUCCUACAAAAUCUUCAAGCCGCUAUGAUCACCUGGUGGCUGUCCGAGUACUCGGGAUGGUAUCUCGAACAGCCCAUAGGAUCUCCUAUACAGAACGUCGAUCUCGAAGCCGAGGCCCAGGCUCGGUCAGAGGCAUUUUCCCAGGCCUUGAGAGAUGGCGCAUUUGAAUGCACUCUUACCGUCUGCUCACAAGUCAUCCGGGAGGAGUGGUAUGAUCCAGCAAGGACGGGAUUGCUUGACCUUUUGCUUCGAGAUUCGGUGCCUCUGCCCGACGAAUUACCGUUGUAUUCGACAUAUUUCCAGCAACUAAUAAUGGAGCAAUUUGAGGCAUUUGUAGACACCUUCGUUACCAACAUGCCAGACACCUUACGGCGCUUUAAAUUGGAAGAAGAUGACCAAAGAAAGAAGCUCCGGUCAGGCCUUCCGAUGGAUGGUGUUACAGAGCAAGCUUUCCACUUGGAGAGGUUUUUAAUGGUUAUCUCUUUUGCCUUCAGCCACCGCGCCGACGCUGCGCAAGCUUUUUGGGGUGACUCGGAUAGCAAUCUCUAUGGAUUCCUGCAGUGGGCAUCAAGAAGACAAUCUACGCCAUGCGUAAGUGCUUUCUGCGAAAUGUUGAGUUCAAUCUCGGAAGGCGAAGAAUCCGCUGGAUCUGCGCAUCGGUUUCUUCUUGAAGAAGGUAACGAGGUAGCUGCCAAGAUACGCAGAUCGACCUCAUUGAGCUGGACCCAGAUCUUUGCCGAGCUAAGCCUCUACACCUCCAAAAGCCGUGAGCAGCCAACUGCCAAUCGUUCUACAAACCACUUUGGCGGAAAACGUAAUCCGGAUGACAUCGAUGAGCCUGAGAGCGCAUACAUGCUGGAAAGCUAUCUACGACUGACGACCCAUCUCUGUGGGGAAAGUGCAGAAGUAAGAGCUUGGAUCAUGGCCCAACCAAGGUUUCCCAUUCUCGAAGUGCUUUUUCAGUUAUGCAACAGCACUGUCCCAAGCCGUCUACAAGCGUGUGCCUUCAAGCUCGUUCGAUCCUUGCUGACGGAGAAAUCGGUAGAGGUUGGCUUGACUGUUUGGACGUCUCUGGACCAUUGGAUCUCUGGCGCCUUCUCUCCUCACAACUUUCCUAGACCGCCGAAGGCCACAACUCCUGCUGCUUGGGCAGAAGAAGUGACCUUUCCAGCUAUCGCUGGAAGCUUUGAGCAGACGUGCGAGUUCAUUUGUCUGUUACAGAACCUCGUGCGUCCAGCUGUCCCAGAUGCGGGGCUCAAUGACCAGCUACCGUUUCCAGAAACAUUAGGCUCUGCAUAUCGAAUGGCAGGCAUUGAACCGUACAUUGACUUCGUAUUUGACCGAAUUUUUGCAUCGAGGCUACCACAUGGAGAAGACCAACUCCAGCAUAGGAUCAUGACCUUGAACAUCUUAAGUUUUGCAGCGCUCUGUUUGCGUACUUUUAACGAGGACCUCGUAAUCCUGGCGAAUCGCUCGACAAUGGCUGUCGACGAAGCUAUGAAUACAUCUUCUUUGUUGACAUAUGUCCGCCUACACCCUUUCAGCCGCGUAAUGGAAUGGAUGUUCAACGACCGCGUGCUAUAUCAGCUCUUCGCCUGCGCUGAGUAUGAGAUCGAAGAGGUUUCGAGUGCCUCCCCUAACUCUCCGCUCGUUUUUGGUCUUCUUCGCACUAUUGAAGUCAUGAAUCUUAUAAUCGAUCUUCAGUCUACGUACCUGGACAUUGUGCGGCCUCUUAUCAAAAUGCAAUCAGUGGGGCGUAGACGACCGGUUCUAAAUCCGUCAUUAGCAUCAUUUGAGGAUACCGUUGCAUUAAAGGUGGACCUGGUAGUCGCCUUGGGUCUUUACUCUGGUGUUGGUAUUCAGGAGCUCACGGUGGGCUCCCUGGAGCUUUUGGGGAAACUUGCAAGCUCAAGGAAACUCAACAUCCAAGCGACUCCAGGACUGAAUCAAAGACUGUAUGGUAAUCGCUUGAUCAGCGCUGUAGAACAGCACGAUGGUAUCGAUCCCAUAGCCCGGUCAUUGUGCCAUGCAAUGGAAUUGGACUUGCGAGAACUAAGCCAAGGGCCCAGUGCUCCCGGGUGGACCAUCAAGUCAGUCAUACUAGACUUUUUGAUCCACUGCUUAUCUGUCUCGCCUGACACACCCACAUUAGCACAUGCUUUGCUGGGUUUUGCUUGCAAAGGCACGAAUGUGGAUGUAGAAGAGAGCAGUUCAUUUGAGGAGAAACGAUCUCUUUUCCAUGCCGUUCUAAAUCUGGCUAUCGAAUAUCCGGAUGGCGAUGGAGAGUCUUUGCAGGCAUGGGCGCUUGGCAUAAAACAAAAAGGCAUGCAGGUCCUUUCAAUCUUGUGGGCUUCGCCUCUUACAUCCUUGCUCACCAUGCAUCAACUGCAGGCCGAUGAAAGCCUCUUCGCAUUAUUUCUGAGACAGCGGACGGUUGGGCCCCACACCGUAUGGGAUGGACGGUCAAUUCGGGAUUCUGAUUUCUCGUACACCGAAUCCGUGGAGGCGCUGGAACAUUGCCUUUGGUAUCGUUGUUCUCUGUUUGAGUACACAAGCACGGCAAUUCGCUUGGCCGUUGCUAAUGGCGCAUCAUCUUUGCGGGCCAAAAUCUUCUCUACCUUGCUCGGAUCAACGUUGAUGCCAGACGGCGAGCAAAUACCAAAUGCCACAGUGUUUGAUCUUUUCGACUUCAUUGAGCUGGACAUUGGAGGUGACAUUUCCUGGCCUCAGCUUGAUUACUUUGCAAGCUUAGAUUUCAGCAUCAGUACGGGGCCGGGACUCCAGAAGCCUGUCGAAUGUUUUGAUAUGAAGAUGAUCCACGAAAUGAUCGCGUUACGAGCAAACGAAUUACGAAAAUCUGGACGCUUUCAAGAUGCAAACGAAGAACAGCGGGCUGGUGAGGAGGCGCAACGAAUCUUGCAUUACUUCCAGACAGAGAACAGCCGGCAGGUCCUGACAUUUGCAAGCUUACAGACCACGAAGGCUUGGGCUGAACUGCUAAUCCUUUCUAUCGGCACCUGCAGUCUCGACCCAGCGGGCAAAGCAGCAUUGAUUCUACAGGCCCUGCAAUUGAGCACGCCAAAGCUCGAAGGUUACGCCUCAACGAACGUACAAAAGGCUAUCGAAAUAGCCAAACUCAUCCUAGCAUUACUUUUCCAGCUUGACUUCGAGGCCUCGGCUCUUGAUCGAUCCCGGGCUGGAGACGUCGCGAACGACAGGCUUUUUCAGGUCUUCCGGACUGCCUUGCGGGCUGUCAAUCGUCCCAAUGUCGACAUGCAACUUCGCGAAGUACUUUACAAGAUUUGCUAUCGGUAUCUUGGCAGCAUGGCUGUCGUUUCAGACGCUCCAAUCCGUCGACGCCACGGUAUACAGACUGUGAGGGCGACUGGCGAGAGGACUAUGAAUGUUGUGUGCGAUGACGCUUUUGGCGCAUCCGCACCUUGUAGGAUAUCCGCAUUGCUUUUGCUGGACUCCCUAGCCGCUAUGGCCAAGGUCGACAAGUCAAAUUACAUCAUCGACUCCUUGGUGAGGACGAAUUUUCUACAGGUCCUUGUCGAAAGUAUCGAGAGCAUACCACAAGAAUUACGGCAAACAAAUGCGAAGGAUAUUCCCGUUCUACUAUCCUACUACGAGACCAAACUAGCCCUACUGCUGAGCAUCUCCCAAAGCAGGAGUGGAGCAGUUCAUGUCAUGAACAGCGGACUAUUCCAAGCGGUACGCGGAUCUGGACUGUUCUCCGUCGAUCCAGACAUUGGAGUUGAAAUCGACAACCCAGAGGCUCUAGCCAAGUACUACAGGCUACUUCUGUCCAUCGCACGUGUUAUCACCUCCGUGGUCCUUAGUCGAGGUCCUCAAAACGAGCAAAGCAUCGAAAGCGCAAAGGUAUUUCUGACGGAGAAUCGGCCUCUUGUCGUAUCAAUGUUCAAACGGCAAGCUAGGAUAGGUGGAGUGUCGUUUGACGAUGCAGGUGUUGAUAUUGAAGAAUUGGUGGAGCUUUUUAUGUUGCUCAUCGGGAUGACGGGCUUUUUGGAUUAUGAAGAGCAACGGGAUACCCAGAAGCCACGGAGGACAGCCUUCACUUGA